AUGAUUACAAUUAGAUUGGUCUUCGAUCGGGAGACAGGGAAGCCGAAAGGAUAUGGUUUCUGUGAAUACAAAGAUCAAGAAACAGCUCUCAGUGCUAUGAGGAAUUUGAAUGGUUACGAGAUUGGUGGGAGGACAUUAAGAGUUGACAAUGCCUGCACAGAAAAGAGUAGAAUGGAAAUGCAAAGCCUUUUACAAGGACAGAAUACUGAAAAUCCAUAUGGAGAGGCAGUACAGUCGGAUAAAGCUCCCGAAGCUAUAAGCAAAGCUGUCGCAUCUUUGCCUCCUGAACAAAUGUUCGAGCUUAUGAAACAGAUGAAGCUUUGCGUGCAAAAUAAUCCGAACGAGGCACGUCAGAUGCUGCUUCAGAAUCCUCAACUAGCGUAUGCUUUGCUGCAAGCUCAGGUAGUGAUGAGAAUAGUGGAUCCUCAUACAGCUGUUAAUAUGUUACAUAAGGCAAAUCCAAUCCCAGGUGUAUUGACACCUUCUGAUAAACCAGCUGUACAUCCAAUCGUGCCUCGGAUCGAGGAACCGUGGGCUCCAAAUCGACCAGCACCAGUUGUUAAUCCUCCAGCACCAAUAUUUGCUGGACAAGAUGUUGAUUUACGUACAUUGGACAGACAAAUCGAUCCACGUUUAGCUAGAAUGGAUCAAGAUUUAAGAGGACCACAGCCAGUACAAUCAACGCCCGUUACCGCACCUCCAGUAGUAUCUGCCGACACAGAUCGUAGAGUACUCGGCACUUUUAAUAUUGCAGACAACUUUUGUCGCGAUCCAAGGACAGACAGAUUCGGAAGAGAUCCAAGGGAUCCCAGGGACCCAAGAAUGCCCAUUGAUCCCAGAAUUACGAAAGCCAAUUCGUCAGUGCCAGUAACACCGCCAGUGGUACCGAGACCUGUUGUAGCCCCAGCUGGCCAGACAUCUAGCGUUGCUGCAGCCAGCGCUGCAGCUCCCGCUACCGCUUUGCCAACAUCAACAACAUCGGCAACAUCGAGGCUUAUGGCAGGCAUGUCCCCAGCCGGAAAUAUACCGAGCGGUGCAUCCGAUCAGGAAAAGGCGGCUUUGAUAAUGCAAGUGCUACAGUUAUCGGAUGAACAAAUAGCCAUGCUACCACCUGAACAGCGACAGAGUAUUUUACUACUCAAGGAACAAAUUGCCAAGAGCGCGCAACGUUGAUUGUAAUGAAAAUUUUGCUUUUAAAUAAAGAGUAACAGUUCAUUGAAUUAAAAACAAA